AUGGCCAGAGUCAGAGGCAUAUUCCUCACGGUGAACAACUGCUCACAUGCAAAUUCAUCCCUAGCUGUAAUUCGAGCGAAGUUGAGUGCCGAACAAUUAGAACAAUUCAAGACAUCAUGCUUUGGCCAUCUUCUGAAUAUAGAUAAGAUUCAGUUUAGCGGGCAGAUUGUGCAUGGGGUUGUGUUGCGUAGAGUAGCGGGCAGGGGCUUCGUUUUGGGGAAGUGCCUGAAGUUUCCAGUGGAGAAAGUGAUGAAAUUAGACUUCAGAAAAAGAUAUUUUAUAGACGAAGGAAUUACAUGUAAUGCUUUAGAAGAAGCAUUUGUGAGGUGCACAGAGGAAGAUGACGUCUACAAGCUAGCUCUUGUUUACUUUGCUGAAGGCUUGGAUGCGUUCAACAGGUUUCCAUGGUUCGGUCGUUUGACAAAACCCAAGACGUCGGUUUCUGCACCAACAAAGUAUGUGAAAAGCUUUGAAAAUGAGAGGGAAGAGGAAGGGGAAAUGUAG